AUGGGGGGCCCCCCGCGGCCACCCCAGGGGCCCCCGGGCCCCGGGGGUCUUGAGGGGCCCCAGGGGCCCCCAUCCGGGGGGCCCCCAGAGGGGGGGCCCCCCGCCCCUGCUGCUGCUGAGGGAAGCCCUGUGGGGCCCCACGGGGGUCCCCCUCAGGGGGCCCCUGAGGGGGGCCCCCUGCAGCAGCAAAAGGGUUCAGCCGAACCGCCCCGGGGGCCCCCAGAUGGGGCCCCUUUGGAGGUACAAAGGCUUUUAAAUGGGGCCCCUCAAGUGCUACGAGGGGCCCCCAAAGGGGCCCCCCAAAAUGGGGCCCCGCAGGAAGCUCAGGGGGCCCCAGAGGAGCUCCAGGGGCCCCCUGAGCUGGUUUUGGGGGCCCCUAGGGGGCCCCCCAGUACCCCUUUUGGGGGGCCUCCUAAAAGGCCCCGCAGAGAGCCUCUUGAGGGGCCCCCAAAGGGUCUAAAAGAGACAACGCCUGCUGUGCCCUCUCAAGGGGGGCCCCCUGGGCCUGCAGGGGGGCCCCCUGGGCCUGCAGGGGGGCCCCCUGGGGCUGCAGGGGGGCCCCCUGUGGCUGAGGGGGGGCCCCCUAGUGGCACAGAGGGGCCCCUUGAGGGUACAGAGGGGGCCCCCGGGGGCGCGGAGGGGCCCCCUGAGGAUACUGAGGGGGCCCCGGGGGACGUCGAGGGGCCCCCUGAGGGUACAGAAGGGGCCCCCAACAGUGAAGGGGGCCCCCCUUCUUCAGGGUUUUGUUUGGCUCCAAGCCAGCUGGCAGGGGCCUUGGCAUUUUUAGAAUUGGGAGAUUAUCUCAGAUGUCUUCUUGUUUCCAACAAAAGCCUCAAGUCACUGGAGCUCGACGGAUUCCUCUUAACCCCCAGGGGCCUCCAAGCCCUCAAGGGGGCCCCCUUGGAGGCCCUUGCUUUGGCGGGAAUAGAAGCUAAGGAUGACGCAUUUCUUGAAGCACUGCGAGACAGUUGUGAGGGUUUGAAGUCCUUUGGGUUCAUUUGCUACGGUGGAGAGAAGUUUACAGAGGGGGCCCUCAAGGGUUUGGGGCGGUCUUUAAAGAACUUGAAAAGUGUCCAAGUGGAGGCCCGGAGGCCCCAAGUGGCUGAUGUCCUUGCUGAAGCUGUUGCUGCUGCUGCACCAACUACCCUCACCAGCUUGACUGUGGGUGGCGUCACUGAGGGCUGUUUGCUCCGCCUUGCCCAGCAAGUGGGGUCGAAGCUUCACACUUUCUGCUACACGCGGCUGAACUUGGGGGGGGCCCCCGUAAACGACUCGCUGCUGUACCUUUGUGCCAUGAGGAUGGGGGCCCUCACAACCCUCAGAUUGGCAGAUGGUUUAACCCCAAAGGACCUUCAGGGGGCCCCCGGGGGCCCCCAUUCGUACCUCGGUUUGUCAGGGCAGCUGGAGGCGCUAACCCUAAGCCGCAGCUGCGGCCUCCCCUUCGCCGUACUUUCCGACAUUGACUUUAUGGCCCUCGCGAGGUCCCUGUCUUCCAAGCUGCAGGAGCUGGAGCUCAACGGGCUGCACGGCAUCUCGGACGCGUUUCUCCACGAGGCCCUCGACGCCUGCGGGUCGGGGGGCCCCCAAGAGGGCCCCUGUGGCCCCCAGGAGGCCCCUGGGGGCCCCCGGGGGCCCCCCGGGGGCCCCCUGGGGGCCCCCAGAAAAAGGUCUUGGGGGGCCCCCCGCUCCUCUUCUGAGGAGUUUCACAGUUGGCAUUUAAGAAAGGUUUCUUUGGAGGCCUCGGACAUUUCGGAUGUGGGGCUCCAAACCCUCGCCACUGCCCUGAACUUGACGGGCCUCAACUUGGGAGCCUGCUGGGGAGUCAACGACAUGAGUGUUGGAGAAGUCCUCAAGGGUUGCACCAAACUCAAGACUGUAGUGCUCAAUGACGCAAAGAUAAGCGACGCCUCUUUGCUGGCGCUCAGCAGCAGCGUGGGCCUUUCGCUGCAGGAGUUGGCGCUGCACCGCAACGACAAACUCACUGAUUUAGGGUUAAGGGUUUUGGCAGCAGCUUGUCCUUUUUUGCGGAGGCUUUCGCUCUCCAAGUGUUCCCAACUCGCGGACCCCGGCAUCGCCGCGGUGGCCCAGGGGUGCAGACGGCUGCGGAGCCUUCGCCUAGACGGCACGCGGACGAAGGGGGGGGGCCCCAAGGGGGGCCCCCCUUUUAAGGGGGGGGGGGCCCCCCCCCCCCAGGGGCCCCCCGAGGAGCCAGCCUACGUGCUGCACAACCGGCGGAGGGCCCCCAACUUCUUGGGGGCCCCCGAGGGGGGCCCCCCGGGCCCCACGGGCAAGUCGCAGAGCAGCAGCAGGGGCCCCCAAGACCCUUUUCUUGCUGCUGCUGCUGCUGCUGCUCCUGCAGCAAGUGGGGGCCUCCAGCAAGAGCUCUACGGCCGCUACGGCGAAGAGAAGCUGCUCAGCCACACCACCCUGGACCUGGGGCCCCCCCCUGCUGCUGCUGCUGCAGCUGCUGCAGCUGCUGCAGCUGCUGCUGCGGACGCGCAGGCAGCCAGGGAAGCCCCGCAGCGGGGGGCCCCCGGGGGCCCCCAGGACGGGGGCCCCUGGGAGGAACUCCUCGGCUGGACCCCUUUUCUUGUUGCUGCUGUUAAGGAGGGGGGCCCCCCUGCUGUGUCUCUUUUGAAUCGACACGUUGGGGGGGGCCCCCUCCAGGACCUCGUGGGGGCCCCCGGCGAGCUGCUGCAGGCCCUUCGAGGGGCCCCCGAGGCCCCGGGGGCCCCCGGGGGCCCCGGGGGCCCCCCGGGGGCCCCCGGGGGGGCCCCCGAGGGGCCCCCCGAGCUGCUGCAAGAAGAAUCCCUCACCGACUUCAGCGGAGCUCUUCCCCUCAGCAGCAGCCAGCACCCCUACAACAAGCUGGAGCAGCAGCAGCAGCAGCAGCGCGCUGCUGCUGCUGCUGCUGCUGCUGCUCCCCAGAUCAAAAGGGAAAAGGAGGGGGGCCCCAUACUUGUCCAAAGGCCCCUAGCAGUCAUUCUGCAGCACUUGCUGGGGCCGGGGGCCCCCCUGCCUGCGCAGCUAGACGGGGGGCCCCCCGAGGGGCCCCCCGCAGCAGGAGACACAGAAGAGGCCCCUGGGGGCGACAGGGGCCCCCCAGCAGCAGCAGCAGCAGCAGCCACUGCAGCAGCAGCAGCGGCGGCGCCAGCAGGAGCAGCAGCAGCCGCAACUGCAGCAGCAGCACCAACCGCAGCAAAAGCCGCAGCAGCAGAUGAAACAGCAGCAGCAGCAGCAGCAGCAGCAGCAGCAGCAGCAGCAAGCCCCAGGCCACGGGACUUCAACAGCCCAGGAAGUGCAGCAGAAACCCCCAGGGCCUUUCCAGCUUCCUCUGGGGGCACAACGCUGGCCCGACGCAACAGUGCUGCUAGCCUGCAAAGCAAGCUGGCUCAGCUGCAGGAGGCCCUCAAGACUUGGGGAGUCCCCUGGGCCCCUGGGAGGCCCCCGCCAGUACCCCCUGAGGGCCUCCGCCUGGAGGGGGGCCCCUGGGUACCCUGGGAAGCAAUGGUGGGGGCCCUGGCCACCUGGCGCUGCAGCAGCUGCCGCAGCAGCAGCAGCAGCAGCAGCAGCAGCAGGGGCUGCUGCUGCCAGGGCCCCACCUUCUCAGUGUUUCUCCCGGAACAAGCCCUCGAGGGGGCCCCCCUUAGGGACCUUUAUGACUACGAGAGGGGCCCCCUGCCGCUGCAGCUGCCUCUGAGGGCCUCCGUGUGUCUGCUGCAGAUCCCCAAAAGGAGGCCCUCAGCAGCAGCAGCAGCAGCAGCAGCAGCAGCGCCUGCUGCUGCUGCUGCUGCUGCAGAGGAAACGGAGACUGCUGCUGCAGCACGAAGGCGCAUCUUCAAUUACUUUAGACCCCACGCCCUCAUUUUGUCUCUUGAAGGGACCCCCACUUUGCUGGAGGGGCCCCCGGGGGCCCCCGGGGGGGCCCCCCUGGGGGGGCCCCCCGGGGGGCCCCCAGGCGCGGAGAAGCGCAGGGGGCCCCCCAGCAACCCCUCAGGGGGCCCCCAAAGGGGGGGCCCCACAGUUGAGCUGCUGCAGCAGGGAAUAGCUUGCCAGCUGCUGAAUGUGGACAGUUUGCUGCCGCAGUGGGUGGCUAGCGCGCCCCAGGUCCCCGCGUGGGCAGCAGCAGCAGCAGCAGCAGCAGCAGCAGCAGCAGCAGCAGGCCCUGCUGCUGCAGCAGGCCCUGCUGCUGCUGCUGGUAGCAGUGGAGGCAGCGGAGGUGCUGCUGCAGCAGCACCUGCUGCUGCUGCUGCUGCUGCUCAGUUUGUUGCUGCAGCGCAGCUGCUAAUGGGCCCCGAGCUGGCCAACACCCCGGUGGCUGGCUGGGACGGGGCCCCCCCUCCGGCUGCCUGGGGGGCCCCCAGCACUGGGGGCCCCCCCAGCGAGGGGGCCCCCCGCGGGGGGCCCCCCUCGGGGGGCCCCCCCGGGGGGCCCCCCGGGGCCUCGCAGUCGCUGCUGCUGCGCAGACUGGAGGAGGCCCUAGCAGCAGAAGACGUGGGCCUCCCAAGACUGGCGGGGGGCCCCCGGGGGGCCCCCCAGGCGCUGCGGCUGGCGAGGGGCCUCGGGAGUUUGCUGCUGCAUGCAGAGGGGGGGGCCCCCGUGUCUUGUUUGCUGGAAGUGGGGGUGGGGGCCUUUGCCUUUUUGACCCUUUUGAGGGCCCCCGCAGCCCCGGGGCCCCUCACAGUUUCCUGGCGGAGGGGCCCCCAGCAGCAGCAAGGGGAGGGGGCCCCCCAGCAGCAAACGAGCAGGCGCAGGGGGGCCCCCAGCGAGGCCCCGGGGGCCCCGGGGGCCCCCGCCAGAGACGGCGCGGGGGGGGGGCCCCCAGCAGCAGCAGGGGCCCAGGGGCCCCCCGAGGCCCCCUGCCGGCUGCUGACCCUGGAGGAGUUCCUGGGGGCCCCCCCCCUCAACUUUGCUGUGCUGCAGUACCCUGUUGUGGGGCCCGAAAGGGGGGCCCCCGGCCACCACACAGUUUGGUUCAAAGCCGAGCUGGAGGCCCUCUGGGGUACUUCAGGGGGGCCCCCCUACCCCGCGGGGGGUACAGCAGGGGGGCCCCCCUACCUUAUACUUCUUCCCCAGCUCCCAGAUGCUGGCUUGGGGCCCUACUUGAGGCUUUCUCUGACCCCUUUGGGGCCCCCCAAGCCCCUUUUCUCUUUGGGGGGCCCCCCGGGGGGCCCCCACGCGGCCAGCGGGGACCCGGAGGGCCCCAAGGAGGCCCCUGGAGGUGGGGGCCCCCCGGGGGAGGCCCCAGGGGAGGCCCCUGCAGCAGCUGCCCCAGGGGGGCCCCCCGAGGGGCCCCCUGGGGGGGCCCCCAGCAAGAACUUGGGAGGCUCUGACCUCUUCUCUCUCCCGCUGCUGCCUUUCCUCAAGGUGCCCCUCGCAGCGAGUCCCAAGCCCCAGCAGCAGCAGCAGCAGCAGCAGCAGCAGCAGCAGCAGCAGCAGCAGCAGCAGCAGCAGCAGCAGCAGUACUACGUGGGGCGGUACUUGCUGCUGCUGGAGGCUGCCCUCCCAACUCCCUCGCGGGCAGUGCACUGUACCCUUUCGGUUGCGCUGCCGCCGCCGGGGCCCCCAGAGGCCCCGGCGGGGGCCCCCCUGGGGGCCCCCUUGGGGGCCCCCCUGGGGGCCCCCCCGGGGGCCCCCGAGGGGCCCCUGGCGCCUGAAGGCCCCAGCAAGGAGACCAAGGAGACAGGAGGGGGGCCCCCGGGGGCCCCCGGGGGCCCCCUGCUGCUGCCCGUGUCCCCCCAGAGGCCCCUUUGCGUGCGGCCGCUGCCCCUCAGCUUCAGGGCAGUGUGGAGGGGGGCCCCCCUGGGGGGCCCCUGGGGGCCCCCCGAGCUGGGGGACUUGUGUAGGGGCCCCCACGGGCCAGGCAUUUUAAUGUGCAACCAAAGAAUGCUGGUGAGGGGCCCCCAGCCCGCGCGGCUGACCCUAAGUCUCACAGUGGAGGGGGGCCCCCCGGGGGCCCUCUUGUGCUGCAGUUUGCUGCAGCAGGUGGUCAGGGGGCCCCCCGAGGCCCGCGGGGAGGGGCCCCCUGCUGGGUCUGGCCGCCCCUCAGCCCUCGAGCUGCAGCAGGGCGACGGGGCCCCCGCCGUCCACGCAGCAGCAGCAGCAGCAGCAGCAGCAGCAGCAGCAGCAGCAGCAGGGUCGAGGCCCUCCUCAGCUGCUUUGAAGGCUCAUGGCCCCAAAAAGGGGGCCCCCGAAGCAGAAGAACCCCCCAAGGUAGAAGUGGGGCCCCCCCAGAAGCCCCAGGAGCUGCUGCUGCUGCAGCAGCAGGGGCCCCGCUGCUGCGUCUUUGCUGACAUCCAUUUGUACCCAGGGGCCCCUUACCUCCUCAGGGCCCACUACUACGGCCCCGAGGCCUCCCCACAGCAGCAGCCCACAGCCAGCAGCAGCAGCAGCAGCAGCAGCAGCAACAGCAGCAGCAGCAGCAGCAGCAGCAGCAGCAGCAGCAGCAGCAGCAGCAGCAGCAGCAGCAGCAGCAGCAAGCUGGGCUGGCUGCUGGAAGCAAUUGGCAGCGGGGACUUGAGCGUGGGCCAAGACACAACUCGAGAAGAAUUAGCAGCAGCUUGGAAAGACCCCACAGAUAGCUCGAGGGGCCCCCGGGGGGCCUCCAGCAGGGCUUUGUACCUGCGGGGGCCCCCCGGGUACCUCUUGAGGGGGCCCCUGCUGGGGGGCCCCCCCUCCAGCUGCGCAGACCCGCAGGGGGCCCCCAGCCCCUUGACGCUGCAGCAGCUGCAGCAGCUAAUUUACUGGAAACUAAAUAUGACCCUUUUGGAGUUCUUGCAGGCCCUGCAGGCAGAGGCCCGCCAGGGGCCCCCCUCUUGGGGGCCCCUCUCGGGGGGCCCCCCCCCUGGGGGCCCCCCCGCGGGGGGCCCCCGCUUCGGGGCCCCCCAAGGCCGCACCCUCCAGCUUGGGGGGCCCCCCCUGGUGCCCGAGGGCCCCCAGGGGCCCCUCUCUGGGGGCCCCCAGGGGCCCCUCUCUGGGGCCUCUUCAGAAGCAGCAGGGGCCCCCUUUGAACUUUCGCAGCAAACCUUUUGCUGCAGCAAACUGCUUAGGGGGGGCCCCCUGGGGCCCUACGUGGGGGGCCCCGAGGCCCUGGAGCGUCUGUACAGCGAAAGUGUGGGGCCCGCGCUGGCAGCAGCAGCAGCAGCAGCAGCAGCAGCAGGGGGGGGCCCCCUCACGGUGCAGCAGGCUGCUGCAGCCCUGGAAAAGGCAGCAGCAGGGGGCCCCCCAAAGGCCCGCGAGGAGGAGGGGGGGCCCCCCAGGGGGGCCCCCAGCAGCAAAAGGGCCCAGGGCAGCCCCGACAGGAGGCCCAGGGGGCCCCCCGAGAAGCCCCGCUCUGCUGCUGCUGCUGCUGCUAAGGGCCCCCAGUCCAAGGGUACUAAAGAAGAAGCAAAAAGGGACAGGGGCCUCUCCGUAAUUGCUGCUGAGGGGCCCCUGCUGCUCUCUGCCCCGCAGCAGCUCCUCAGGGGGCCCCUCAAGCCUGAGCUGUACGUACACCGCAGACUCAAACACUUUGUCUAUUCCAUUUCCGGCAAUUGGCCCCACAGGGUUUUGGGGCCCCCCUCAGUAGGGGGGGCCCCUUGGGGGCCCCUCUCAGCUGGGGGGGCCCCUCUGGGGGCCCCACUGGCGGACGGCGGCCCUCUGGGGGCCCCCCUGGCUGAGGGGGCCCCCCUGGGGCCUUUCCUAGCUGAGGGGGGCCCUCUGGGGCCCCUCCUGCCCGAGGGGGCCCCUCUGGGGGCCCCGCUGGCUGAAGGGGCCCCUCUGGGGCCCCUCUUGGCUGAAGGGGCCCCUCUGGGGGCCUCAAAGGAAGAAGGGUCCUUUUUGCGGCCCCUGGGGGCCCCCCCGCUGCUGCUGUCGGGGGCCCCCGCCCCCAGCAGGGGCCUCCAGCUCUGGAACGGGGCCCCGUGGGGCCCCCCUGGGGGCCCCCCUGGGGGCCCCCCUGGGGGCCCCCUUGGGGGCCCCCCUGAGGAGGAGGAGUGCGGAGAGGGGGCCCCUCCCGAAGAUCUGUCGGGGGCCGUGGAGGAGACGAAGAGUUACCUCGAGGAAGCGCGGGCGCUGCUGCAGCAGCAGAUGCAGCAGCAGGUGCAGCAGCAGCAGCACGCGCAGCAGCAGCAGCAGCAGCAGCAGCAGCAAGAGCUGGGCCCGGAGGAGGAAGCCACCCCAACGCCGCGAGGCCCUGCGGCUGCUGCAGCAGCGGCGGCUGGAGCUGCUGGGGACUUUGGAAAUAGUUUUGAAUGA